AUGGCCUCCUCCGCGACUCCCCAGGAAGGAAACGCCAACGAUGAAAUCCCCAUGGAAAAAAAUGCUGGCCUUGUGAUGGGCACCAAUAACAGCAGUAUUGUAUCCAAAAGGAGUGUCGAGAAGCUAUACCUUCCUCAACCGCACUUUUAUCGCUACUUUGUCAAGAAGCCGAUCCGUCGCUCUCCCACCAUUAACCGUGGAUACUGGCUCCGCAUGAGAGCAGUCGAUUGGGUGGUCAGGCAGUUUCUGGAAAAACCCUCUGACUUACAGAAGGUCGUCAUCAAUUUGGGCUGUGGCUAUGACCCGCUCCCGUUCCAAUGGAUGGCUCAACAUCCCGACUUGUGUGGCAACACCAAGUUCAUCGAUAUCGAUUUCGAAGAGCUCAUGAUCAGUAAGCGAGAGAUUAUCUUGAACACCCCCAAAAUGAGAGAUAUGCUCUCGAGGACGGCGGACACGACGGACUCGGCAAAGGGAGUCGUGCUGGAUUCGGAUGUGUACGUCGCCAUUGGAUGCGAUUUACGAAACCCUCGGAGGUUGGAGCGACUUCUAAGAUCCGUUAUCGACCUCGACCAAUGCCUUGUAUUCUGUCUCGCCGAAGUCAGCAUCACCUAUAUGGCUACGAAGGACGCAGAUGAUCUGAUCGCCUGGACCUCCACCCUGUCUCCAGAUGUGACUUUUUGUCUCCUGGAACAACAAUCGCCGGAUCGUCCGGACAAUCCAUUCACGGCGGCCAUGUUAAAACAUUUUGCUAAACUAGGCACACCCCUUCGAUCCGUGCUCACUUAUCCCGGUUGUCACACCCAGACAUUACGUUUUCAGGACGCCGGAUUCCCGCAUGUCGAAAUACAAAACCUUUGGGAGCUUUGGGCCGACCCCAGGUUUCUAUCCCCAUCUCAAAGAAUUUCUCUGGAUGAAGUUGAGCCAUUUGACGAGUGGGAGGAGUUUGCUUUAUUCGCAUCUCAUUACUGUCUAGUGAUUGCACAAACAGGCCCCGAACCUCUCGUGCCAGAGCAGCAGAGAUCGAGGAGGGCAUCAGUUGAUAGUUUGGUAUCAGACCUUUCAGCAAGGACCGUCUCUCCCCACAGAGAUAACACCCAAUGGUUUGCAUACAAAUACUCCGCGAAUCCAGAGAAAGAAGGCAGGGCCCAUCAUGGUUCUGCUUUUAUAGUCCCAGGUCAAGACGCUAUAGCCCUCCACGGGGGCAUUGGUACUGGAGGUCGCUUAUCAACUACUUCGGUCUACACAUCUGCAGACUCGACACUUCCGUAUCCCUCCGUUCCACCGGAUGAAGUGGGCGCCCGGUGUUGCCAUACCAUCACCACACUUCAUAAUGGGCAGAAUCUUCUCGUUGGUGGUCGAGGCUCACCAUCGUCGCCCCUGAAAGAUUGCUGGCUUCAAACAGACUCGAAAUGGGAAAGAGUCCACGAUCUUCCAGAGCCUCGAUUUCGACACCGAGCAGCGGCCGUGGUAUUACCAUAUGACCAGGAUGGCGUUGUAGUGUUUGGUGGGAAAACCUCAGCAACCAGUGUUGCGAUUGACUGCCUGCUGUGGGACAGGGAAAACGGCUGGCAAGUUCUCCGCAGUCUCAAGUUUGACCCUAUGCCACGCUUUGGGGCGUCUUUUGUCCGCCUGGGCUUCAAUCACGGUCUCCUCCUCGGCGGAAUGCGACAGGACGGAGUCAUUUGUCAGGGCCUGUGGAAAUGGAGACUGAUCAUCCGGGAUAACAAAGUCAUGGGAAUCAAUUUUAGGGUAUCCACGGCGUUGGACGCCUCUGCGGGCAUCUGGCCAUGGCUAAAUCGUCUAGGGGCUUCUUACAGCGUCAUCAGAGAUGAGAUUCUGCUCAUUGGUGGAGUAGCAAAGCACGGCUGCAUACCUAAGGAUUACGAGAUCCUCUCCAUUGUCGGUAGCUUUUCUGCCUUCAGCGACUACGAGAAGGAAAUGGAGUUCAGAGUGGCUUGUGUUUUGCCCAAGAGGGAUCCGAAUGUACCGCGCCCUUUCCUCAUCGGUCACUCAACACAUUACACCGCUCGACAAACCACUCUGAUCGUUGGUGGCGGGGCGACUUGUUUCAGCUUCGGCGCAUAUUGGAAUCCAGGUUGUUGGCUUCUAUAUGAUCGAGAAGCAGGAUUGAGCUCACACUGGACGAUGGUGAAGCCAGAAUCCAGGAAAUCUGCGGCUCAAUCGACGACGCAUGAUGGCAUGGCUGCGGGCGUCUCAACUCCCAUCAAACAUAUCAAGGUUGACUUGGAGCAAGAUUUUCUACGUGUCCUGAGCGAAGGCAGGCCCAGAAUCCUCUCAGGUCUGGACUUCGGUGAAUGUGUAUCUUCUUGGACAGCAGGAUAUCUCCUUUCGAAGAUCCCAACCUCAAAAUCCAUCGUUGUUCAUUCUGCUCCGGGUCGGACAAUGAACUUCCAACGCAAAGACUUCGCCUACAAGACGACCUCGUUCCAGGAAUUCAUCCACCAACUUGAAUCAGACCCGAAUGCGCACAUGUAUCUCCGUUCGAUUUCUAGUACUAAUCCAACCACCUCACCUGCCGAUCUCUCCACCGACUGGCCCGAAAUCGCGACCGAUUUCCACAUCCCGUCUGCGCUCUCCUUCGUGGAAAAGAACCAGCACAGCAGCCCUCUCCGGAUUAGCGCAGAUGUGAACAUGUGGCUACAUUACGACGUGAUGGCUAACGUUCUCUUCCAGAUCCGGGGCACCAGGAAGCUUAUCCUGUUCCCUCCAGAGGAUCUACAACAUCUGAAUUUCCCACCCGGUUCGACAACAUCCAGUAUCGACAUCUUCGAGCCGGCACCACAUCCAGGACUGGGUGAGGACACGAUCAAGCCCGUGCCAAAUACACGGCCUCACAUUGCAAUCUUGAAGCCCGGCGAUGCUUUGUACAUUCCACCAUUGUGGGCGCACACAGGUACUCCAUUGCCAUCUCUAACAAGGCCUGAGCCAGUCUCGAUAUCAGUAUCAUCGUCAUUGUCAGAAUCCGCUUCCCUGUCCACUUCAACGUCCACCUCUGCACCGGCAGCCGCAGCCACAUCAACCACCCUAUCCCAACCCACCCUCGAAUCCACUUCAACCACCACCACCACCACCGAAGACAAAUUAAACGAAGAAAGCCCCGUCCCGAAGACGACCACGGACGCAGAUUCGAGCCCGAACGCAUCAUCAGACUCGAGAAUCAACAUCUCCGUCAACGUCUUCUUCCGCACGCUACACCCGCACAAGUACGCCGCGGGCCGCGACGUGUACGGCAACCGCGACCUCGCCGCGUACGAGGACGGACGGCGGGACGUGGAAAAGAUCGUCCGCCGCUUUCUGAAGGUCGACCGCGAGCAGGACCACAACCAUGACCACGAGCAUGACGGCGCUACACAAACAUUUCCGGACGCAAAGGGCAAUGGAGACGGAAAAGGCAAGAGUAAGAGUAAGGGAAAAAGCAAAAAUGCGAAACAACAACAACAAGGAGGAGCGGAAAGCAUCGAGAUUGCAGGUUCUGGUUCCGGUUCUUCGCAUGACAUGGGCGCGAUCCCCAAGGACAUUGUCAGGGCGUACCUGACCCGGUUGGCCGACGAGUUGAGGCAAAAAGCCGACAAACUGUAG